CCCUGACCCCGCCCCCUCUUUGCGUCACACGUCUUUCAAAGUGACGUCAAAGUGUCUGCAGGUGUUGGAAGAGGCGCAGUAUUGGCGUAAGUGACGCUUAAAACGGCUUUUACGAUGGCUUCAGCUACAGAUAACCGUUAUGGACAAAAGGAGUCUUCCGACCAGAACUUUGAUUACAUGUUCAAAAUCCUGAUCAUCGGGAACAGCAGCGUUGGAAAGACCAGCUUUCUGUUUCGUUAUGCAGAUGACUCCUUCACGCCAGCAUUUGUGAGCACGGUGGGCAUCGACUUCAAGGUGAAGACCAUCUACAGGAACGACAAGAGGAUAAAGCUGCAGAUCUGGGACACAGCGGGACAGGAACGCUACAGAACCAUCACCACCGCCUACUACCGCGGUGCCAUGGGCUUCAUCCUCAUGUACGACAUCACCAACGAGGAGUCUUUUGCUGCAGUACAGGACUGGUCCACACAGAUUAAGACGUACUCAUGGGAUAACGCCCAGGUGCUGCUAGUGGGCAACAAGUGUGACAUGGAGGAUGAGAGGGUGGUGGCCUCUGAGAGGGGACGACAGCUCUCCGAGCAUCUCGGUUUUGAGUUUUUUGAGGCCAGUGCCAAGGACAACAUUAACGUUAAGCAAACCUUCGAGCGGCUGGUAGACAUAAUCUGCGAGAAGAUGUCAGAGAGUCUGGAUGCCGCCGAUCCUGCAGUGACGGGAGCCAAACAGGGGCCGCAGCUCACGGAGCAGCCCGCCGCUCCGCACCAGGACUGCGCCUGCUGAAAAUCCCACGGCUCUGUCUGCACUGCCUUGCACCAACACACAAAAAACACCAGUUUAGGUAUUUAAAAAGAACAAGAAACAUAAAACCCUCAGUUCCCAUACUGCCUUCUCUGGCCACACCCUUUAGCCCCUCCCCCUCCUCUCCAAAUACUUUUGACAUCUCAAACUUGUAAUGAUUUUAUUCAACAUGCAAUCCAUUCAGUUUUAAAAGGAAAGCGAUAGUGCACUUUAAAGGGAUAGUUCACCUAAAAAUGGAAAUUCUGUCAUUAUUUGCUCACCCUCAUGUUGUUCCACAUCUGUAUGAGAAUUGAACACAAAGAACAUUUGAAAAAAUGUUUAACCAAACAGUUGCUGGUCUCCAUUUACUCCCAUAGUAUGGUUUGGUGACCAACAUUCAUCUUUUGUGUUCAGCAGACAAAAGAAACUCAUACUGGUUUGGAACAACUUAAAGGAGCAUAAAUAAUGACAGAAUUUUCAUUUUUAGGUGAACUAUCCCUUUAAGGGUUUGAUUAGGCCUGAAAUUAUGAUUAAGCCCACAUUAUGUUUUAAAGACUUUAUAAUUAGGCCUAAAUUGAAAUUUUAGGAGUGUGUAAUUAGGCCUUAGUUUGGCAUAGCACACAGAAUCGGUUAUCUGUAACAAGUUUUCAAUGCCUUCGUUUUACUUCAUAUUUUAACAUUUUCUUCUUCUACUCUUCAAAUAUCCUUAAAUUAUUUAUGAACAAAUAUAAAAAAGCGAAAUGGACAGAGAUUUCUGUAUAUUUAUUCCAAAAAGUGUAAAUAAUAAAUACAGUUCAGUAUUUAAAUAAUACAGUUAGAAAUAUGUAUCUAAAAAAAUUUUUUAUUUUUAAAUCUGACAAAUAUAAAGAAAGUUAGAGAAGUCAAUUAAUGCUGUUUUCAUGGUAAUUCUUUGCAGUGCUCGUCACAAACCUUUCUUGCUUAUUUGUAUCUGUGACAUUGUAUCUUGUUCACUGCCUUGCCUCAUGUAAUUUCAGUCCCGGGACUGAAAGCCAGAUAUCAUACACAGACAUUCCUUAAUGUAAAUUUGCAUGGAAGGAAAUAAAGCCAUUUAGGCAAAUAGUGGUAGGAUUCCUUUCUCAGUGCUUCGUUAGGUCUAGUCAAGUGUAUUUCUAGUCAAAAUCCGAGUUUGAUUUGCGGCCAUGCUGUUGCUUAUUUCAUUAUAGCAGCAGAGCCAUAAGCUUGAUCUACUUACUAUCAACAGUACUCUUAUACACUCUCAAAAAUUAGCAAAAGUUACUGAGAUUUUGACUGGCAUUUCCCAUAAUGACUUUUUGGACUGGCGUGUCCUGUUAAAGAUUUUACGUGGCUACCAGGCCUGCAACUAUAAUGCAAAAAUCAGUUUGCAAAAAAAAAAAAAAAAAAAAAAGCCCAUGAUAAGUAUUAAUGUUUACAUGUGCAAGAUCCUCCCUGAUUAUUCCUGCAUCUUUCCUUUGCUAUUCUGUCUUCCUUUAGUGAAAAUUUACUGUACAUACGUUUUGAGUCUUUGGUUUUAUGUGUGGACUGUGUUGUAUCGAUUAUGGGCUUUUAAAAAAUCUAGGUGAUAUUAAAAAAAAUUUAAAGGAUGUUCUUUACCUGCUGUUGUGUAUGCCUGCUUGUGAAUGAAUGUCACUUUAUUACCGAGCAAUAUUGAAGAAAAUACCUUUUCAUGUAUUGCAGAUUAUUUAUCAUUCUGUUAACAGAACAUUUUCGUUGAAUGGAAUGGGAAUGUGAAGGUUUAAAUCCUAGGCGCAAAGUACUGUUGUAAACCAAAGCAGGCAGUGACAGUGACAUCUACUGUGGAGCAGGUUUGCUGAAAUUCAAAAGCCUGUCUGCAUUUGUGGCAAAUGCUGUUUGUUAUUUCAAACUGCAAAAAAAAAGUUGAAAUUUAAUGUACAUGUCAGCAGAGCCAUUGCUACAUCCAUGAGGCCUGGGACGAGUUGUUUGUUGGUGGGUUCCCUCUCUAUUUGGCCUAAUAAGCAGAUGAUAUACAGUAGAUAAGAGGACCUUAGUGAGCCCCAUGCAUAACAGAAAUGAGAAGAUGAGUUUGAAACUUUAUUAACAUCACAGCUCACCAUGUAAGGUAUCCGCUCCACGUUCAGAUCAGUUUAUCAUCACGACUAAGAGUUUGUUCUCCAUUUCCUACAUUCUUAUCUAGAUUUAUUUUUAUUCAUGCUUUCCAUUGUGAUUUUUUUUUCUCCUGAUAAUCUAGUGUAAUGUACAAGGAAAAAAACACUAAUAUGCAGUAGUAAAUGUACUGUACUUACAAUAAGGGGUUUGGUGUCAAAGUGUCCAGUGGUGAAAUUUACCAAAUCAACUGUCUAUGUUGUGAAAAUGACUGAACUUAUAAAAAAUAAAAGUUUGUGCCGUUUACUUGA